AUGAAACCUCAGGGUGUGAAAUCCUGCACUGGUGGCUCCGGCCGCAAACAAACCGAAAGGCAGCCUCGUCUGCCAUCGCAACCACCAAUGUCACGAGGAGUGAAUAAACGCCCUCGUGAACCAUCCCACUUCAUCCGGCGAAACGACCCCACAACAAAUAUCGCCAAGAGACCUGUGGACAUUCCUAUCGACCGACGAGAGACAUAUGCUCCAACUGGGCCCCGCAAUGACGGUACUGACAAGACAGACGUUUCUGCAGACGCUACCAUCGAAUCAUCUCCCGUCCCUGAGGUGGAAAUGCGUGAUGCAUAUCCCCCUAGUGAACAUCCAAUGAUCUCGAUUAUCGAGGCACUCGCAAGAUCACUUUCCCAGAAACGGGCCAAACACCCGGCGUUGGAUGCCGACCAUGACGUUAUCAUGGCCGAUGCUCCUCAUUAA